AUGCCCAGUUUCAUCUGCUCUACUACCACUUCCACAUCAGUUAGAAUAAUGACAGUUCGCCGUAGCAAAAAAAGUACCUUGAGAAAGUGGCUCGUGAAGUUUUGUAUUGCUUUACUACAAUUCAAGAAGUCGACUAAUUCCAUGAAAGCUGUAACAACACAGAAGCAAAUGGUGACCGAUAGUAACGGACUCAUAUUAAGCUCUAAUUUGAGCUCCGAGGGAUACAAGGUAGUUCCUCAAACAGCUAGUGAAAUCAUAGUCGUUGAAAGAGUUCACAAAUUCUCCUACUACCUCAAGAGCGAAACCAUCUUCUGGGACAUUACUGAAAACAGCAUAAAAGAUGAUGAAAAUGCUCUUUAUACUGAAUUGGAAACAACUGGUGAUAAUCUCAAAGACACUUGUAUUAAUAAUGAUCCUAUUUCUCCAAGUCAAGUGCUUCUGGAUGAUUCUAUUUCAAUUUUAUCUUCCGCUGUUGAAGAUAAUCUAUCAACAAAUUCGUCUCCAUGUAUUGACAUUUGCAAAGAGGUUGAGUAUAUUGGAAAAGGGUAA